AUAUUGUACGAAAAAACUAAAUAAGAAGUAAUCGACUAAAAUGAAAUUUUAAAAUGAAUGCGCAACACACUCAUUGAACAAUACCUAAUUGGUUAUUAUCGACUACAUGAGACCAGGGAUUUAUCAACAAAGUUAUAGCGUAUAUGUAGGUACCUACCACAAAAUUUUACAUUGAUAAUACAAAGGUCAUAGAGUUAUCAUUAUACGAUGGUUCUUGACAGAAGUUCAGUUGAAAGAAAACAAUACCAGAAAGGAACACGUUGUUCGUUGAAUUUAAUUCAAAAUGAAGUUAUCUUUUUUUAUUCUUUGUUGUAUUUUUGUAACUAUUCAAUAUGAGUCUGUUAGAGGAGGUCUCGUUAAGGAUUUUUUUGGACAAGUCCAUGACACAGCACAACACGUGAGAAAUGACGUAAGGAAUGUUUUGCAUAUAAAUAAAAAAGAUGAAACUAAAAAUCCUGAUGAGAUCAAUAAAGUAGGUGACGAAACUCCAGCAAAAGAAACAGGUAAUAAAAAUGAAGUAAAACCUGAAGAAGGCCAAAAAGAAAAAGAGGACACUUCAGUAAAAGAAUCUGAAAAAAACGAUGACAGUAAGAAUGUAGAACCGGUACAAAAUGGAAAACAGCAUGACAAUAAAACCGAAGCCAAACCGGAGGAAAGUAACCAUAAUGAGAAUAGUGAAUCAACAGUCACCAGUACCACCGUUUCAACUAUUAAUGGUACCCAUGAUGGAAGAGAAAACUUUACCGGAGCAUGUGCUCCAGGUUACGUACGCACCGCAGAUGGAAGAUGUAAGAAAAGCUUCUGAUCAACUGAUGUUAAUGUUAAAAAAAUAAUAAAAUUGUAAUUAAUUGAGUACUUAAACUAUUCAAAGCUGCAUAAAUACCGUAAGUGCUAUAAAAUAUUGCUUAAAAAUAUCCCUUAGCAUGGACAACCAUUGUUUAUUUUCAGUCAUACGUAAAAUAAAAGAUUCAAUUGAAAU